GUACAAUAGAGUACAGUUUCUAGCUUUGACUAUGAUAGUAACAAUUCACAUGUUUUAGCCCUUACCGAGAGCCGGACACUGUAAACAGUCUUGCUGCGUGAGACUAAUAUUCCACUUUUACAGAUGUGGCUUUGGUGCACAGAGAAUUAGUGACUUGCCAAGUGUCCCCCAAGAUUCCAAACCAGGUAUUAAAUCAUCACCAGCUGACUGCAUCCAUGACGUCCAUUCUGCCUUCAUCAGGGCCCUGACACAUCAAAAGGCUGCAGCUGGCUGGUUAGUCCACCAGAUCAAAUGUGAGUGUAACUCAUCCAGAUUGGUGAUUUGGGACAGUUCAAAGUGGGCUAGCGUGUGGGGAAGGCAAAGCCGCGGCUGCUCUUCGGUGGGUCGGUGUCCCGGGAGGAAGAAAGGCCCAGCCAAGGGUCCUCACAGCUGGCGGGGUAUUCGGCCCGAUCGACCCUACAGGGGAAGACUUCUUCUCAAGCAGGGGAUGGAGAAGAAACGGCACCCCAAAGCGGUGCAACCUGUCCUUUAGCUGCGCCCGAGAAGGGUGGAGGAAACGAAAACACAAGCGGACCAAGCGCCCCGGCUCCCGCCCGAGCGGCUUUUAAACUGCGUAUCCACCACCUCUCGCUCGGCGCCGCGGUUAAUGGAACCCGCGCGGGCCGGCCCGCCAAUCACCGCCGCGCUUCCUCCCGCCGCCAGCCAAUGGUGGCGCGCGGUCUUGGGGCGUGGGCGAAGCAGGCUGCUCGCCUCCUGCCUGUAGUGUGUGGGCUGGGGUUGGUGACGGCUUCCAGCUUGGCCGCACUUGGUCCGCAGUUGCGCUCCUCGGGCUUUGUGUCGGGGGUCGGCUCGGCUUUGUGUCCGUGAGUUUCCGCUGUGCCCGGAGGCGUCCGUCCCGGGCGGGAGCCGAGAGGCUCGGAGGCGGCCGCGCGGCCCCCGGCCAGGAGCGAGCGCGCCGGCGUGAGCGGCGGCUGGGAGGGCUGCGGGGAAGGGGAUUCGCAGAUCCCCCGCGAUGCCGGAGUUCCUGGAAGACCCCUCGGUCCUGACGAAAGACAAGUUGAAGAGUGAGUUGGUCGCCAACAAUGUGACGCUCCCGGCCGGGGAGCAGCGCAAAGACGUGUACGUACAGCUCUACCUGCAGCACCUCACGGCGCGCAACCGGCCGCCGCUCGCCGCGGGCGCCAACAGCAAGGGGCCCCCGGACUUCUCCAGCGACGAGGAGCGCGAGCCCACCCCGGUCCUCGGCUCCGGGACCGCCGCCGCGGGCCGCAGCCGGGCCGCCGUCGGCAGGAAAGCCACAAAGAAAACUGAUAAACCCAGAUUAGAAGAUAAAGAUGAUCUAGAUGUGACAGAGCUCACUAAUGAGGAUCUUUUGGAUCAACUUGUGAAAUAUGGAGUGAAUCCUGGUCCUAUUGUGGGAACAACCAGGAAGCUGUAUGAGAAAAAGCUGUUGAAACUUAGGGAACAAGGAACAGAAUCAAGAUCUUCUACUCCUCUGCCAACAAUUUCUUCAUCAGCAGAAAACACAAGGCAGAAUGGAAGUAAUGAUUCUGACAGAUAUAGUGACAACGAAGAAGACUCUAAAAUAGAGCUCAAGCUUGAGAAGAGAGAACCACUAAAGGGCAGAGCAAAGACUCCAGUAACACUCAAGCAAAGAAGAGUUGAGCACAAUCAGAGCUAUUCUCAAGUUGGAAUAACUGAGACUGAAUGGACAAGUGGAUCUUCAAAAGGCGGACCUCUGCAGGCAUUAACUAGGGAAUCUACGAGAGGGUCGAGAAGAACUCCAAGAAAAAGGGUGGAAACUUCAGAACAUUUUCGUAUAGAUGGUGCAGUAAUUUCAGAGAGUACUCCCAUAGCUGAAACUAUAAUGGCUUCAAGCAACGAACCUUUAGUUGUCAAUAGGGUGACUGGAAAUUUCAAGCAUGCAGCUCCUAUUCUGCCAUUCACUGAAUUCUCAGACAUAUCCAGAAGAACACCAAAGAAACCAUUGACAAGAGCUGAAGUGGGAGAAAAAACAGAGGAAAGAAGAGUAGAAAGGGAUAUUCUUAAGGAAAUGUUUCCCUAUGAAGCAUCUACACCAACAGGAAUUAGUGCUAGUUGCCGCAGACCAAUCAAAGGGGCUGCAGGCCGGCCAUUAGAACUCAGUGAUUUCAGGAUGGAGGAAUCUUAUUCAUCUAAAUAUGUUCCUAAGUAUGUUCCCUUGGCAGAUGUCAAAUCGGAAAAGACAAAAAAGGGACGCUCCAUUCCCAUGUGGAUAAAAAUUUUGCUGUUUGUUGUUGUGGCAGUUUUUUUGUUUUUGGUCUAUCAAGCUAUGGAAACCAACCAAGGAAAUCCCUUCUUUAAGUUUCUUCCUAAUAACUCUCUUUCCAACUGAAUGAUAUCUCUUUGGCACAUUCGACUUGGUCUCCUAUUUUUAAUAACUAUUGAAAAACAUUUGUGUGCAUUUGUUUACUUCAAGAACUAAAAAUAAUGUGAUUUCACUUCAGUAAAUGUAGUAUUCCAUUGAAAAACAAACAAAAUAUAUAAAUGGACUUCAUUAAAAUGUUUUUGGACUUUGGACUAGUAGGGGAUCACUUUGUGCCAUAUGAAUCUUUUUUAGCUCUGGAACUUUUUUGUAGGCUUUAUUUUUUUAAUGUGGACAUCUUAUUUCAUUUUUGAAAAAAAUGUAUAUUGAUUUUGUGUAUUUGAGAAACAAGAAGGGCAAAACGUAGUAUAAUGUGAAGCUACACAUUUAAUACUUUGCAUUCUUACAGAACAGAUUUGAGGAAUUCUCUGCUGAAUAAAAACUUUAGAAAUGUGAAAUAAUGAAAUUCGGUAAGAGAGAAAAAGUUAUUUGGUUGUCCUUUUUGUACCUACAACAAAAUUUAAUGGUGUUUAUGAGGAAAAGUAUGGCAAUAAUCUCUUCUGUAACUUUUAUUAAUAGUAAUGUCAUUGUUUUAGCCCUGUCAUACUUUUUAAAAUAUUUCUAGUAUCAUGAAAGUCCUACUUCAGUAAGACCCAUUGAAAUUGUUGAUUUUUAGCAGGGAUCUUUUAGUGUAACAUAUACAGGUUUUAGAGUACUGUUAGCUGGCUGAAUGUGUCUUAAGAAGCUGUUAGCUAGCUAUGAGGAUAUAAUUGGAAAUUUGUACUUUUUAUUUACAGCAAAACAUUUAUUCUCUCAACCCAGUGUACUACCAAAAUAUUUCUUUAGAUAAGUAUGUGUGCGUUUGUUUAGAAGUUAGAAACACUGGUCUUAUGUUCCAUUUGGAUUGUCUUCUGUUACCAAGAACAAAUUUUGCCAAGUUCUUUUGCCCUGUAUUUCCCAGAGUAAUUUGAUUAAAAGUGCAAAAAGCAUUUGCUUUUAAAUUACAUACUAAGUAGCAGUUAAUACUUAAAGUUGUAAACUCUGAAUAUGAGGUGGGCAUUAUGAUUUUGUUACUGUUGAAAUGGUUAGCUUUAUCUUUGUGAUUGAUUUGUUUCUUUUUUAGCUGAAACUUACCUCAUGUAUAACUUGGUUGAGUGAAGUAGUAGAAGAUGGGAAUUUCAGGAGAAUCAAGUAAAACACAAAAAUUUUAAACUUACUCAUUUGAGUUUCAACUUUACAGAGAUUGACUAUAAAGCACACUAAAAGUGUCGAUUAUUUUUAAAUGUCAUCUGAAAUAAAAAGAUACUUUUUAAAAAGGGAGAAGCUGAAGAUGUAUGUUUAGACCAGCACAAAAUUUUACUUUGGAUUAGUCCUAUUCUGGUAUUUAGCUUUUAGUUAUUUUAUAGAAAUUUUUGCUUACUUUGUAGUUGAGACCAGAAACAAUUAUAGAUCUGGUCAUGCAGCGUGAGUGGGAAACUUAGUUCUAGAUCAGGAAUGUUUGCCUCUCUGAGUAAAAGUGUCUCUUUCAGAUGAGCCAUAGAAGGGGCAUGUUUUACUCAACUUUUCCACUAUAAGGUAGUAGUAGUAGUAUGCUUUCUUUGUUUUUAAACACUGUUUCCCAUAUUGUUUUCAGUCUUUCGUUUAUAAUUUGAAAUUGUGAGAAGCUCUAUUUUAAUGUUUAAAAAUAUGGAGAGAUAAAUCAGACUUAAUAUGUAUGUAAAAUUAAUUCUCUUGAGAGUAUGGUCCAAAAUAGCAAAAAUAGUAACAGGUAAAACAUGUAGUCAUUUUUUUAAAAACAUGUAUUUGGUCUUUUGUCUGUGUCUGUUUUAUUCCACUAGAGUAAAUGUGUCCUUGAUGUUAAGUGCAAAGCAUUUCUUCCUGAUUAAAUUGUAGAUGUAGACCUUACUAUAUAAUUCAGUAAUAAAGUAAUUAACCUCUA